AUGAGCCCUGUUCAGAAUUUUGAGGAGCAUUCUCGCCACCUCAUUGAAACCAACCUCGAUACUCAGACGAGGCUACAGAUGGCUCUAGAAGUUCGGGACAGUCUGGAGAUAUGCCACACAGGGGAGUACUUAAAUUUCUUAAGAUGCUACUUUCGUGCAUUUUCUGCCAUUUUAUAUAACAUUACGAAGCCACAGUUUGUUGAUAAUCCCGAGCACAAGCUUCGUAAUAUUGUCAUUGAAAUCCUCAACCGCCUUCCUCACAGCGAGGUCCUCAGGCCUUUCGUUCAGGAGCUUCUAAAAGUUGCAAUGCACGUGCUCACUACGGAUAAUGAGGAAAACGGAUUAAUUUGCAUUAGGAUUAUCUUUGACUUGCUUAGAAACUUUAGGCCAACAUUAGAGAAUGAAGUUCAACCGUUUUUGGAUUUUGUCUGUAAAAUUUACCAGAAUUUUGGGGCCACUGUCAGUUAUUUUUUUGAGAGUGGGGCCGAGGUGGCACCACCACCGGCCCCAGCAUCAACCUCUGGGUCUGUGGGCCCCUCAUUCCUUAGCGAUGAAGUGAAGUCAAUGGACGUCUCACACGAAGUAGGUACCUCAAGUGGGUAUGUUGGGGCUUCAGGGCAGCUUAAUCCAAGUACGAGGUCAUUUAAGGUUGUUACAGAGAGUCCGUUAGUUGUUAUGUUCCUCUUUCAGUUGUAUAGCCGUCUUGUUCAGACCAAUAUUCCACAUCUAUUGCCGUUGAUGGUGGCAGCAAUAUCAGUCCAGGGUCCGGAGAAGGUUCCCCCUCAUUUGAAGGCUCACUUUAUUGAGCUGAAGGGUGCACAAGUCAAGACUGUGUCUUUCUUAACUUACUUGCUGAAGAGCUUUGCUGAUUAUAUCAAGCAACAUGAAGAAAGCAUAUGCAGAAGCAUAGUGAAUCUGCUCGUCACUUGCUCUGACUCAGUUUCUAUUCGAAAGGAAUUAUUGGUAGCUCUAAAAUAUGUUCUCGGGACAGAUUUUAAGCAUGGUUUAUUUCCUCUAAUUGAUACCCUUCUGGAUGAAAGGGUCCUAGUUGGAACUGGCCGGGCUUGCUUCGAGACAUUGAGGCCUUUGGCUUAUAGUCUUCUAGCAGAGAUUGUUCAUCAUGUGCGGGUAGAUCUUUCUUUAUCCCAGUUAUCUCGGAUUAUUUACCUUUUCUCUAGCAACAUGCACGACGCCUCGCUGUCACUCAGCAUUCACACUACCUGUGCUCGGUUAAUGUUGAAUCUGGUGGAACCGAUUUUUGAGAAGGGUAUUGAUCAGGCUUCAAUGGAUGAAGCACGUAUUUUGUUGGGUCGAAUUUUGGAUGCUUUUGUUGGAAAGUUCAACACCUUUAAGCGCACUAUUCCUCAGCUACUGGACGAGGGAGAGGAGGGAAGAAAUCGAUCUAGCUUGAAGUCAAAACUUGAAGUCCCGGUACAGGCCGUCCUUAAUUUGUCAGUCCCUGUGGAGCAUUCCAAGGAAGUCAAUGACUAUAAGCAUCUGAUAAAGACCUUAGUUAUGGGAAUGAAGACAAUUAUUUGGAGCAUUACUCAUGCACAUAUGCCCCGGUCACAGGUUUCAACUUCCACAAAUGGGACACCUCAGCAAGUGCUCACUUCGACAUCUUCAAGUUCGUCAAUACCGCUACUGUCUAAAGGGAUGAGAGAAGAUGAGGUUUGGAAAGCUUCUGGUGUUUUGAAGAGUGGUGUGCAUUGCAUGGCGCUGUUCAAGGAGAAAGACGAGGAGAGGGAAAUUGCCCCUCUUUUUUCCAAUAUUUUGGCCAUAAUGGAACCACGAGAUUUAAUGGACAUGUUUUCUUUGUGCAUGCCAGAGCUGUUUGAGUGCAUGAUUUCCAAUGCUCAGCUAGUCCACAUCUUUUCCACCCUACUGCAAACCCCUAAAGUAUUUCGCCCAUUUGCGGACGUGUUAGUUAAUUUUCUUGUGAGCAGCAAACUCGAGGUUCUGAAGCACCCAGAUUCACCAGCUGCAAAACUUGUUUUGCAUCUCUUCCGGUUUUUGUUUGGUGCCAUUGUGAAGGCUCCUUCAGAAUGUGAACGUAUACUGCAACCUCAUGUUCUUGUGAUCAUGGAAACUUGCAUAAAAAAUGCUAAUGAGGUUGAGAGACCUAUUGGUUAUUUACAACUUCUUCAGAUGAUGUUUAGUGCACUUGGUGGAGGUAAGUUUGAACUUCUACUGCGGGACUUGAUUCCUACACUGCAGUCUUGUUUGAAUAUGUUGUUGGCCAUGCUUGAGGGACCUACUGGUGAAGAAAUGAAGGAACUUUUGCUUGAACUUUGCUUGACGUUGCCUGCACGGUUAAGUUCGUUGUUACCUCACCUUCCUUGUUUAAUGAAGCCUCUUGUUAUGUGUCUCAAAGGGAGUGAUGAUCUUGUCAAUCUUGGUUUAAGGACUCUUGAGUUUUGGAUUGAUAGCUUGAACCCUGAUUUUCUGGAACCAAGUAUGGCAAACGUUACCUCGGAGGUGAUUUUGACGUUAUGGUCUCAUUUGAGGCCUGCACCCUAUCCUUGGGGCGGGAAAUCAUUGCAACUUCUUGGCAAAUUAGGUGGUCGUAACAGACGUUUUCUCAAAGAACCUCUUGCACUUGAAUGCAAGGACAAUCCAGAGCAUGGACUUCGAUUAAUCCUGACAUUUGAGCCUUCAACUCCAUUUUUGGUACCUUUAGAUCGUUGUAUUAGCCUUGCUGUGGCAGCUGUCAUGCACAAGAACGGUUCUGUGGAUGCUUUCUAUAGGAAACAAGCUCUUAAAUUUCUCUGUGUUUGCUUAUCGUCUCAGCUCAAUUUGCCUGGACUAGUUACUGAUGAUGGAUCUACAUCUAGACAACUGUCAAUGUUUCUAGUUUCUUCAGUUGAUCCAUCUUGGAGGAGAUCUGAGACAUCUGAUAUCAAGGCUGACUUGGGUGUCAAGACAAAGACCCAACUUAUGGCCGAGAUAUCUGUGUUCAAGAUUCUGUUGAUGACCAUAAUAGCUGCAAGUGCGGAACCCGACUUACAUGACCCCAAGGAUGAUUAUGUUGUCCAUAUCUGUCAUCAUUUUGCUAUGAUAUUUCACAUUGAGAGCCCAACAGGCCAUAAUUCGAUUUCAGUCUCAUCACUUGGUGGCCCUAUGCUUCCAUCCAAUUCCAAUGUUAGUUCAAAGCCAAGAAAUAGUAUUUCACUGAAAGAGUUGGACCCUUUGGUAUUUUUAGAUGCUUUGGUUGAAGUACUAGCAGAUGAAAAUAGACUGCACGCUAAAGCUGCUCUAAAUGCACUCAAUGUUUUUGCUGAGACACUUCUGUUCCUUGCUCGCUCUAAACAUCCUGACAUGCUUAUAUCAAGGGGAGGUCCUGGUACUCCUAUGGCUGUUUCCAGUCCUUCAAUCAGUCCGGUUUAUUCACCUCCUCCAAGCGUGCGACUUCCUGUUUUUGAGCAACUUCUACCUCGGCUUCUGCAUUGUUGUUAUGGAAGCACCUGGCAAGCACAAAUUGGAGGAGUUAUGGGACUUGGUGCUUUGAUUGGAAAGGUCACUGUUGAAACUUUAUGCGCUUUUCAAGUACGGAUUGUUCGGGGAUUGGUUUAUGUUCUUAAAAGGCUUCCUACACAUACUACUAAAGAACAGGAAGAGACAAGUCAGGUGCUUACACAAGUUCUUCGUGUAGUGAAUAAUGUUGAUGAUGCUAACAGUGAAGCACGUAGACAAAGUUUUCAAGGAGUUGUUGGAUAUCUAGCUUCUGAAUUGUUUAAUGCAAACUCAUCUGUUAACGUGAGAAAGAUCGUGCAAUCUUGUUUAGCACUUUUGGCGAGUAGGACUGGUAGUGAAGUUUCUGAAUUGCUUGAACCUUUGUAUCAACCUUUUCUACAGCCUCUUAUCAUGCGACCCCUGCGAUCGAAGACCGUGGAUCAACAGGUUGGAACAGUAACUGCUUUAAAUUUCUGCCUGGCUUUGCGGCCUCCUCUUCUUAAAUUAACUCAGGAGCUUGUCAAUUUUCUGCAAGAAGCUCUGCAAAUAGCAGAGGCUGAUGAAACUGUGUGGGUUGCGAAAUUUAUGAAUCCAAAAGUGGCGACAUCUUUGAAUAAGUUACGCACAUCUUGCAUUGAACUCUUGUGCACUGCCAUGUCAUGGUCAGACUUCAAAACCCAAAAUCAUUCAGAGUUGCGAAAUAAAAUCAUUUCCAUGUUUUUCAAAUCCUUGACAAGCAGGACAUCUGAAAUUGUUGCCGUUGCAAAGGAAGGGCUACGACAGGUUAUUCAGCAGCAAAGGAUGCCAAAAGAACUUCUCCAGAGCAGUCUGAGGCCUAUAUUGGUUAAUUUGGCGCAUACCAAAAAUCUCAGCAUGCCACUCUUACAAGGUCUGGCCCGCCUGCUAGAGCUUCUAUCUAACUGGUUCAAUGUUACCUUAGGUGGCAAAUUGUUGGAGCAUCUCAAAAAAUGGUUGGAACCUGAGAAACUCGCACAGUGCCAGAAGUCUUGGAAACCUGGUGAAGAACCCAAAAUAGCUGCUGCUAUCAUCGAGCUCUUCCAUCUGCUUCCUUCUGCGGCUGGGAUGUUUCUAGACGAGCUUGUGUCAUUGACUAUUGAUCUGGAAGCUGCCCUUCCACCCGGACAGUUUUAUAGUGAGAUCAACAGUCCAUAUCGCCUCCCUCUCACUAAAUUUCUUAAUCGGUAUCCCACAGCUGCUGUUGAUUAUUUUCUUGCUCGAUUAUCUAGCGACAAGUACUUCAGGCGAUUUAUGUAUAUAAUACGGUCGGAUGCUGGCCAACCUUUGAGAGAAGAAAUUGCAAAAUCACCAGAAAAGAUAAUAGCUAGUGCUUUCCCUGAUUUUUUGCCCAAAUCUGACAUAUCAACAGCUCAGGAAUCUUUCAGUUCGCCUGCUGUUUUAAUGGGUGAUGGAGGCCUUAUUACUCCUAAAGCCGAGAGUUCUGUUCAGCCAGCUACCACUUCAGGCGUAGCAUCUGAAGCUUAUUUCCAGGGUCUUGCUUUAAUCAAGACUCUUGUGAAAUUGAUGCCUGGCUGGUUGCAAAAUAACCGUGUUGUAUUUGAUACAUUGGUUCUCAUAUGGAAGUCCCCAGCCAGAAUUUCCCGUUUGCAAAAUGAGCAGGAAUUAAACCUAGUGCAAUGGGCUUUUGUUAAUGUUUGCCACUUCUUGGAGGCCUACCAAGCUCCUGAGAAAAUUAUACUGCAGGUUUUUGUCGCACUUUUAAGGACUUGCCAGCCAGAGAAUAAGAUGUUGGUCAAACAAGCCCUUGAUAUACUAAUGCCAGCACUUCCACGAAGAUUGCCUCUUGGCGAUUCUCGUAUGCCAAUAUGGAUACGUUACACAAAGAAAAUUCUUGUCGAAGAAGGCCACUCGAUGCCUAAUCUUAUCCAUAUAUUCCAGCUCAUUGUCCGCCACUCGGAUCUUUUCUACAGCUGUAGAGCACAAUUUGUGCCUCAGAUGGUGAAUUCUCUUAGUCGCCUAGGGUUGCCAUAUAAUACUACAGCAGAAAAUAGGCGUCUUGCAAUUGAACUUGCUGGAUUGAUUACUGAUGGAAUUAAUCAUGCCUCUGCUGCGGGAGAUCCGAAGCAUUCAGUUGAUGGGUCUACAUUUUCUGAAGAUUCAAGUAAGCGUAUAAAGGUUGAACCAGGUCUGCAAUCCCUUUGUGUCAUGUCCCCUGUUGGUAACUCUUCAAUUCCUAACAUCGAAACUCCUGGAUCUGCUGGGCAACCUGAUGAAGAGUUCAAGCCUAACGCGGCCAUGGAAGAGAUGAUCAUCAAUUUUCUCAUAAGAGUUGCUUUAGUGAUAGAGCCCAAGGAUAAGGAGGCAAGUCUAAUGUAUAAACAAGCUUUGGAGCUUCUAUCACAGGCUCUGGAAGUGUGGCCCAAUGCUAAUGUCAAAUUCAAUUAUUUAGAGAAGCUGCUAAAUAAUACUCCAUCCUCCCAAUCGAAGGACCCAUCUUCAGCCCUAGCUCAAGGUCUGGAUGUGAUGAACAAGGUCCUGGAGAAGCAACCUCACUUGUUUGUUCGAAAUAAUAUCAACCAGAUUUCCCAAGUUCUUGAACCAUGUUUCAAGUUUAAAAUGAUAGACGCUGGAAAGUCAUUGUGCUCCCUGUUGAAGAUGGUCUCUUCUGCAUUUCAUCCAGAAGCGGUCAAUACGCCACAUGAUAUAAAGAUGUUGUAUCAAAAAGUGGAGGAGAUUGUACAGAAGAACCUUGCCGCUGUUGCAACUCAGAUUUCUGGGGAAGAUAAUUCUGGUAGCACGAUUAGCUUUGUGCUGUAUAUCGUCAAAACCUUGUCAGAUGUGCACAAAAACUUCAUUAAUCCAUCGAAUUUGGUUCAUGUCCUUCAGCGCCUUGCAAGAGAUAUUGGAUUAUCCAGCGGCUCUUAUGCUAGACAAGGUCAGAGAUCUGAUCCAGAUUCUGCUGUAACUUCUUCUCGUCAAGGUGCUGAUUAUGGGAUUGCCAUUGCUAAUUUGAAAUCUGUUUUGACACUUAUCAGUGAAAAAGUCAUGAUUGUUCCAGAGUGCAAGCGAUCUGUAACACAGAUUUUGAACUCCUUGCUCUCUGAGAAGGGCACUGAUCCUUCUUUGCUUCUCUGCAUACUAGAUGUAAUAAAGGGAUGGAUUGAAGAUGAUUUUAGUAAACAAGGCACAUCUGUUGCGUCUAGUAUGUUUCUUACUCCUAAAGAAGUUGUUGCUUUCCUUCAGAAGCUUUCACAAGUUGAUAAGCAGAACCUCUCUCCUAGUCUCCUAGAAGAGUGGGAUAGGAAAUAUCUUGAUCUUCUCUUUGGACUUUGUGCUGACUCAUUUAAAUAUCCUUCUCCUCUACGCCAAGAAGUGUUUGAGAAAGUAGAGAGGAAGUUCUUACUUGGUUUAAGGGCAAAAGAUCCUGACAUCCGGAUGAAGUUCUUCUCUCUUUAUCAUGAGGCCCUUGCGAAAACAUUGUUCACGAGACUGCAAUACAUUAUUCAAGUUCAAGACUGGGAAGCUUUAAGUGAUGUCUUUUGGCUCAAACAAGGCCUUGAUCUUCUUUUGGCCAUUCUAGUUGAGGAUAAACCUAUUACCCUGGCUCCAAACUCUGCAAAAGUUCCACCUCUUAUGGUAUCGGGUGCGGUUUCUGAUGGUGCUGUUGUGCAGCCAAUGGUUACUGAUAUUGUAGAAGGCUCUGAAGAGGCACCUCUAACACUCGAUAGCCUUGUGUCAAAGCAUGCAGAGUUUCUGAAUGAAAUGAGCAAACUUCGGGUUGCGGAUCUUAUUGUUCCACUGAGAGAGCUGGCCCAUACAGAUGCAAAUGUUGCAUAUCAUUUGUGGGUCUUGGUGUUUCCUAUUGUUUGGAUGUCCUUACACAAGGAAGAACAGGUAGCACUAGCUAAGCCCAUGAUAGCUCUCUUAUCGAAAGACUAUCACAAGAAGCAGCAAUCAUAUCGACCAAAUGUUGUGCAAGCUCUUUUAGAAGGACUUCAGUUAAGCCAUCCCCAGCCACGGAUGCCCAGUGAACUCAUUAAAUACAUUGGAAGGACAUAUAAUGCAUGGCAUAUUGCAUUAGCACUACUAGAAAGUCAUGUGAUGUUGUUCUUGAAUGACACAAAGUGUUCCGAGUCUCUGGCUGAGCUUUAUCGAUUACUUAAUGAAGAAGAUAUGAGGUGUGGUUUGUGGAAGAAACGGUCAGUUACUGCGGAAACUAGAUCUGGUCUUUCACUUGUUCAGCAUGGUUAUUGGCAACAGGCACAAAGCCUUUUCUAUCAAGCUAUGGUGAAGGCUACUCAAGGGACUUACAACGAUACUGUACCUAAAGCUGAGAUGUGUCUUUGGGAAGAGCAGUGGCUCCAUUGUGCUACUCAACUCAGUCAAUGGGAUGUGCUGGUGGACUUCGGCAAAAUUGUUGAGAAUUAUGAAAUACUACUUGAUAAUCUCUGGAAAAAACCUGACUGGGCGUAUAUGAAAGAUCAUGUUAUUCCAAAAGCUCAAGUAGAAGAAACUCACAAACUUCGUACUAUCCAAGCAUAUUUUGCCCUUCAUGAAAAAAGUAUAAAUGGUGUGACGGAGGCCGAAAACCUAGUUGGUAAAGGUGUUGAUCUUGCUUUGGAUCAGUGGUGGCAAUUGCCUGAAAUGUCCAUUCAUGCAAGAAUCCCUCUUCUUCAGCAAUUUCAGCAGCUAGUUGAAGUUCAAGAAUCAGCUAGGAUUGUAGUGGAUAUUGCCAAUGGAAAUAAACUUUCUGGUAAUUCUGUUGGUGGGCACGGUGGUCUAUAUGCAGAUCUCAAGGAUAUCCUUGAGACAUGGAGACUGAGAACUCCAAAUGAAUGGGACAAUAUGUCUAUUUGGUAUGAUUUGCUUCAGUGGAGAAAUGAAAUGUAUAAUGCAGUUAUCGACGCAUUUAAGGAUUUUAGCAAUACAAAUCCUCAGCUACAUCAUCUUGGUUUCCGCGACAAGGCAUGGAAUGUCAAUAAGCUUGCCCAUAUUGCCCGCAAGCAUGGCUUGUAUGAUGUUUGUGUGUCUAUACUAGAUAAAUUGUAUGGUCACUCUACUAUGGAAGUUCAGGAGGCUUUUGUUAAAAUAAGAGAACAAGCAAAGGCAUAUUUGGAAAUGAAGGAAGAACUAGUUACUGGUCUUAAUUUGAUAAAUAAUACUAGCCUAGAGUAUUUUCCCAUCAAACACAAGGCUGAAAUUUUUCGCCUGAAGGGUGAUUUUUUGUUAAAGCUUAAUGAUGGUGAAGGUGCUAAUGUUGCGUAUUCAAAUGCUAUCACUCUCUUCAAGAACUUGCCUAAAGGAUGGAUUAGUUGGGGAAAUUAUUGUGACAUGGCUUACAGAGAAACCCGUGAAGAGAUUUGGUUGGAAUACGCUGUGAGCUGCUUUCUUCAGGGCAUCAAAUUUGGAAGUCCUAAUUCCAGAAGUCAUCUAGCCCGUGUCCUGUACCUACUCAGCUUUGACCCCUCCAAUGAACCAGUAGGGAGGGCAUUUGACAAAUACUUGGAUCAAGUACCUCACUGGGUUUGGCUCUCCUGGAUUCCUCAACUAUUGUUAUCCUUACAAAGGACUGAAGCUCCACAUUGCAAACUUGUUUUACUUAAAAUUGCCACUGUAUAUCCUCAGGCGCUGUAUUACUGGCUGCGGACAUAUUUGCUCGAACGGCGUGACAUUGCAAACAAAUCUGAAUAUGGUAGAAUGGCAGUGGCUCAGAGAACGCAACAAAAUGUCUCUGGUCCUGUUGUUUCUGGUUCUGUUGGCUUGGCCAGUGGAAGUUCACGAGUGGCCGGUCAGAGUGGCAGUUCGUUAGCCGCAGACAAUCAGAUUCACCGAGGAGUUCAAUCUACUGGAGGUCUUGGUUCCCAUGAUGGCAGCUCUCAGGUGCAAGAACCUGAAAGGUCAGCUACUGUUGAAGGCAGCAUACCAUCUGGUAAUGAUCAAUCAUUGCAUCAGAGUUCGUCCAACAAUGAUGUUGGUCAGAAUGCAUUGAGGCGUAACACAGCAUUGGGAUUUGUCGCCUCUGCUGCCAGUGCAUUUGAUGCUGCAAAAGACAUAAUGGAGACUCUUAGAAGCAAACACACCAAUCUGGCUAGUGAACUCGAGAUUUUGCUGACAGAAAUUGGCUCAAGAUUUGUUACCUUGCCAGAGGAGAGGCUUCUGGCAGUGGUUAAUGCUCUGCUUCACCGCUGUUACAAGUACCCAACGGCCACUACAGCAGAAGUUCACCAGUCUCUCAAAAAGGAGCUUUCUGGUGUUUGCAGAGCUUGUUUUUCUGCAGAAGCCGUGAACAAGCAUGUUGAAUUCGUGGGAGAGUACAAACAUGAUUUUGAACGUGAUCUUGACCCAGAAAAUACUGCCACAUUUCCGGCAACCCUUGCUGAACUAACCCAAAGAUUAAAGCAUUGGAAAAAUAUUCUCCAGAGAAAUGUUGAGGACCGGUUUCCAGCUAUUUUGAAACUGGAAGAUGAAAGCAAGGUGUUGCGAGACUUCCACGUUGUUGAAGUGGAAGUACCAGGACAAUAUUUUACUGAUCAGGAGGUUGCACCAGAUCAUACAGUUAAGUUAGACAGGGUUGGAGCUGACAUUCCAAUUGUAAGAAGGCAUGGAAGUAGUUUCCGCCGUUUGACUUUAAUUGGGUCUGAUGGCUCCCAGCGACAUUUUAUAGUUCAAACGUCUUUGACACCGAAUGCUAGAAGUGAUGAACGAAUCUUGCAACUCUUUCGGGUGAUGAAUAGAAUGUUUGAUAAACAUGAGGAAUCACGGCGUCGACAUAUCUGCAUUCACACGCCAAUUAUCAUUCCAGUUUGGUCACAGGUCCGUAUGGUUGAAGAUGAUCUGAUGUACAGCACCUUCCUGGAGGUAUACGAGAAUCAUUGUGCUAGAAAUGAUCGAGAAGCUGAUUUACCUAUCACUCAUUUCAAAGAGCAACUGAAUCAAGCUAUAUGUAGACAGAUAUCACCGGAAGAGGUGGUAAAUCUUCGUCUUGAAGCGUACAAUGAUAUUACAAAAAAUAUUGUGACAGACAGCAUAUUCUCGCAGUAUAUGUACAAAACUUUGUCGAGUGGAAAUAAUAUGUGGGCCUUUAAAAAGCAGUUUGCCAUCCAGUUGGCUCUUUCAAGUUUUGUGUCCUUCAUGCUACAAAUUGGAGGAAGGUCUCCAAACAAGAUUCUUUUUGCUAAGAACACGGGGAAAAUUUUCCAGACGGAUUUUCAUCCAGCAUAUGAUGCAAAUGGGAUGAUUGAGUUUAAUGAACCAGUUCCUUUCCGCCUAACAAGGAAUCUGCAGGCCUUUUUCUCUCAUUUUGGAGUGGAAGGCCUUAUUGUCACAGCCAUGUGUGCAGCUGCUCAAGCUGUGGGUUCACUUAAACAAAGUCAGCAUAUUUGGCAUCAUUUGGCUAUGUUUUUCCGUGAUGAGUUGUUAUCUUGGUCCUGGAGAAGACCUCUUGGAAUGCCUCCUGCUCCUGUUGUUGGAGGGGGUAGUUUGAAUUCUGCUGACCUAAAACUGAAGGUCACUACUAAUAUUGAGCACGUUAUAGGCCGGAUCAAUGGAAUAGCCCCAUCGUACAUCUCUGAAGAGGAUGAAAAUAGUACGGAUCCACCCCAAUCUGUUCAGAGGGGUGUAACAGAGUUGGUUGAAGCUGCUCUCACUCCAAGAAACUUAUGCAUGAUGGAUCCAACAUGGCACCCUUGGUUCUAA